UGGCAGGGAGCCUCAGGUGCAGCUGGGAUGGGAGGAGGCGGGGCAAUGAGCGAGAAGCUCAGGGAGAGAAAGCGAGAAAGAGGGUUCAUGUGUGUGUGUUCUGACUAUGUGUGCGUGUGGAAAGAGAGAGAGGCUGAGUGUGCAAGCUAGAGAGAUUGUGUGGAGAGGGAGGGAGACGUGUAAGCCAGUCACAGCAUCUCUCCUUCUCACUGCACCAGGGCUGAGGGACUCUUCGUCCCCUCGCUUCCCUCGCUGCAGAUUUAACUCAUUUUCAUCAGCGCCCUCAUCUUUUUUUUCUUGCUUUUUACUUGCUGCUUUUGACAGAUGUAUUGCAUUCAUCUCUUUCUGUAUGCCAGGAUCUAAGGAUUUAUUUAUUAAAAUCGUGGGCUGUCCUGAUUAUUGGAAAUAAAAAGGGGACGUUUGCAGAGGACAGUGCUUGAAACUGGGACUCCGAAUGGGACUUGGUAUUUUCUUUGUGCUGCUAGAGUGGAUUCCCUUUUGUUGCGCUACCAGUGUUUUGUUCAGGGCGACAGACAUACUGAGAGAGGAGUUGUAGGAUCCCAUACCUUUACAACCAAACAGAGCACAUACAUUAAGGACAAAAGCAAGUUAGAAAAUCUAUGGUGACAUGAUGCACCAGAGGUGGUGUUGCCUGCAAAUGCAUAAAAAUGUCAUAACAAAAAUGCAAGUUACUCUUCAUGGGAUAAAUAGGUGGAUUGCCUAUUGAUCCUCACACCCCUCUCUGCAAGUGUCUGCUACAGGAUUGCUAAGGAGUCGAAGUGAGAGGAGCGCUGAGCUAUUCAGCUGGCCUCUCAUUGCUCCAGGAGAGUCCUUCCACCUGCCUGCAUGGGACUAUUGCAUUCAACACUUUCAUCAGCUACUGGACUUUUUCGUUUGUUUUUCAUUCGCGACUUGCAGUCCAGAACACUGAGAGGCAAGUUUGGAAUUUAAACCUUAAAUCACUUUAAUAGCCAAACUCAUCCAGACAUUUUAAAGCGCUUGGUUUUCCCCACAUUCUGCCUAGGGAUGCCGUGUAUACACAUUUUCCCCCUGGCGCUGUGUGUGCAGAGAGAGCUGUGACAUUAUCUCCUGCGGAGAUCCCCAUGUUGUUCUAGCCUGUGUCUGUGUUUUGAUUCAGACAAAAGCUGGGCAUGCAUGGGCUCCAGACACUGACCAGAGGACCACCAAAAUAAGGGGAAGCCUGCUGUUACAUUGUAAACACACCGGCACCAAUGGCACAGAGGAAGUUUGGAUCAAAUUGAUUUGCAGAGAUGGAUGUUAUAUUCUUUUCCAAACUUUGGUAUGGACAAAGAGAGACUCCUAAGAAGCUUUUUUCUCUUAGCAAUGGUUGCCUAAAAACUCUAUUUUAAAGGUUUCUGAACAUUUCAUCUGAUCUCCUGGAGUGAAAUAGGAGCCAAAUGCUUCUUAUGUAUUUUAUCUCCUGUGAGGAUUUGUGAAGAGCAGGGAGCAUUGUGCUUUGCUUCAUGCUUUAACCUCGUCGAAUGUUGUCCUCCCCCUCAUCUUCUGCGCUCUCUGCCCUUGUGUGGACAGCUUAUGCCCUCAGCCUCCCGGUGGCAACCCUCAUUAGGAUCAGGAGCUGAGGCCACAGACUGGCAGGCAAAACAGCAGGGAAACUCGCCUUUGGGAUAGAUGCUGGUCACAACACUUUCCUGCUACCCUGGUUUACUAAGGAAUACAGUUGUUUUUUCUCUCUACUCCCGACUGAUACCCACCCACUGCUUUCACUAACCAUGAGUGAUUGGAAAAGGAGAGCUAAACGGGUUGUCCUACCCUCCCAGAGGCAGUAUUGAUUUUUCUCUAUUCAGUGUUCAUUUGAUUGAGACAGCUAUGUGAGAGGAAGGUGAAAAGGAGAGUGAGUGUGUUACAGGGAGUAUUGAGCUCUGUUAACUGAAGAAGGCUGCAGACACCCGGCGUAUAUCGUGGUGGGGGCAGGCAGUUCUCCAGUUUCAGGCCAGCUGUCUUAUGGGUGACACACCACAAUCCUGACCCACCUGGAUAGCACCCAGAACAAUGAACCAGUCUGAACUGAUAACCGACCCGUUGCUCUCUGCCAACAGCAGUCAUGGAGACUUCUUUCCUGGAAGGGCCGCCAACCACUCUUGUCCCUUGGGCUGGGGGCUGAACGAAGGCCUGGAGGCUUGUGUCCUGGAGACUGCUGUCAUUGUACUCCUAACCGUGCUCAUCAUUGCAGGGAACCUGACGGUGAUCUUUGUGUUCCAUUGUGCCCCUUUGUUACACCACUACACCACCAGCUACUUCAUCCAGACGAUGGCCUAUGCUGACCUGCUGGUGGGUCUUAGCUGCCUGGUUCCCACCCUAUCGCUGCUCCACUACCCAGCAGGUGUCCAGGAGCCCAUAACAUGCCAGGUCUUUAGCUACGUCAUCUCUGUUCUGAAGAGUGUUUCGAUGGCCUGCUUGGCUUGCAUCAGCGUGGACCGCUACCUGGCCAUAACAAAACCACUGUCUUACAACCAGCUGGUGACACCAUGCCGGCUACGAGGCUGCAUCACUCUUAUCUGGGUCUACUCCAGCCUGGUUUUCUUGCCCUCCUUCUUUGGUUGGGGUAAGCCAGGCUAUCAUGGGGACAUUUUUGAGUGGUGCGCUCACUCUUGGCCCACCUCUGCCCUCUUUACAGGCUUUGUGGUGUGUUUGCUCUAUGCGCCUGCUGCACUUGUGGUUUGUUUUACCUAUUACCAUAUCUUUCGCAUUUGCCAGCAGCACAACAGGGAUAUCAGUGAAAGGCGGGCUCGUUUCCCAAGCCAGGAGAUGGAGACAGUUGAAGGGGGUGGCGGUGGCCAUCAAGGAGGGCAUGGACCAGACCGGCGAUACGCAAUGGUGCUGUUCCGUAUCACCAGCGUUUUCUACAUGCUAUGGCUGCCCUACAUAAUUUACUUCUUACUUGAGAGCUCCCAUGUGCUGGAUAGCCCUGCCCUCUCCUUCAUCACCACCUGGCUAGCCAUUAGCAACAGCUUUUGCAACUGUGUCAUCUACAGCCUGUCUAAUAGUGUGUUCCGCCUAGGCAUGCGUAGACUCUCGCAAACAAUGUGCUCCUUUAGCCACUGUGCGGCAGAUGACAGGGACUUUGGGGAGCCUAAACCAAGGAAAAGGGCAAACUCAUGCUCCAUCUGAAGGGAUGACUUUUUCAGGAUGACAAUAUUGCUGGAAUCUAUGAGUGGGGAACAUAACUAUGACCAAGCUAGUUACCUUCAGUAACAUUGGCACGGCUUACCUAACAGAAAACAAUUUCUGUUGUAUAAGCCUGUCAGCUGACACCAUUGACAUUGCCUUCGUCACGAAAACAAUGUUUAUUUGCAUUACAAGCUUUUCAAGCAUAUCUGUGCAGCGUCUAAACAGAGAUUUAAAGAGAUAGCAAUCUAUGAUGGCUUUUUAUUCUGUUGUAUGUACCUUGGCUCUAGAUCAUAUAGAAAAUAGUCUCCCCUAUGCUUUCUUAGCCUUUACAUCUCAUUGUAUGUCAUCAGCCAGGUCAGACAUACUAUAGUGGGAAGACAAAACUGUUAACUUUAAAAGAUUUGCAAAUAUCUCCUCAGACACCAAAUGUGAUACUACUGUUUCAGUUGCAGUUGGUUAGUGGUUGUGAAUUAGAUAAAACUUCCAUUUGGAUUGUCAUUAGCUGAGACUAGAUAACCUACAUGUACUUGCUCUCCUUUUUAAAGGUUGUAAAAAAUUGACUUUUUAACUGUAGAAACACAGUGACAAUGACAGCUAUGACAACAGUUAGCGUAUGGCCUCGACUGUUUGGUAGAGGAUAGUGGGCAGUCCAUUUCUGCUAAAAAAAAAAAGUGUUUAAUCUGUACACAUGACGUGCAAGUGAACUGAAGAGGUAAGCAAAAAGUUCAGGAUUUAAUGGUCAACUGACACUUUUUUGUGUUUAGCCAAUCAUCAAUUUGACAGUUUUGAUAUGGUCACGUUGUGUAAUAUGCCACUGUAGUUCGGCAAACCAUACAUCCCAGAAUUACACCCUUACUAAGUAAUGCAAAAAAACAAACAAACCAUAAGGCAUAAAGAAACCCUCUAAAUAACGUAAAAAUCCCCACAAUGAGAAAUACGUAAAGUUUUCAAUUGAUUUAAAAUGGUUACUUGCAUUUAUUGACAUCAAAUUAUCAUAACAUUCAACCCGUAUUUUACUGCUGUAGUUUGAACGUCAGAUUCUUAACAGAUGCUGUGUUUAUUAUUUACUAAUUUGAGUAUUAGCUGAUAUUAGUUGGUUACCAAUUGAUUAGUGUAACCCUUCUUAAAAGCACCUUAUUUUCAGAAAUUCAGACACAUAGGAUGUGACUGUUUGACACUGAAACCUUUAUAUUGUAAGUAGUGAACAAGGUCCCCCUUUGCGCUUAUGAAAUAGCACAACAGCGACAGCAUUCCCACCGCUUGUGUGGCAUUCCUGAUAGGGCUGUGUUAUGAGUAUUCUGCUAACAGUUGGAUGCAUGAGCGCUCCUGAUGGCCAUUUCUAACAAGCAAAUAAAUAUGAAAUCCCACCUUGUUUAUACAGAGCCACGUAUACUGGAUAGUGAACGAAGAACAUUGGCUAAAUGGAACUGCCUUACUUUGAAUUUACAUUAUUAUUUAUAAUGCAAGAGAUUUAGUUUCAAAACUGAAUUCUGUAAUUCAGUUUUGAAUUGAGGAUGUAUUAUUAGAUGCACCUCCUGGGUUUUGCUUUAAUCAAACUCACAAAAGUCACUUUAGCAUAGGUAAGUAAAGUGAUCGUAGAGGCUGUGUAAACCUGAAUAUGACUGGUUUUGGGUGUUGCAUUAGCAGCGAUAACUAUGAUAAGUGAUAUUGAAUUGUAUUUCCUAAAAGUUGUGGACAGGGGCUCAGUUUAAUGUGAUGUGAACGAUUUUUCCCCAACAUUUCUCAUUACUUUUAAAUUGUAGUCUCUUUUUGCUGCACCAAGGCACUUUCUGAUUAAAAAACUAACAACAAAACACUUUCUGCCCCCUAAAUGUAGAUACUUGUCAAUGCAUUUGUGAACAACCACAGUAUAAAGUGUGCACUUUCUACAGGGUGAAAUCUAAGUGGCAAUCAAUCUGUACAUUUUGGCUUGUUGAAUUUUCUUUUCAACAGAUGACUAAACUCUGAAGGGCAGCGAAAAGGUGUUACAAAUGGAGUCCGUAAAUGGAUUGUUUGAAGGAGAUACAUAGAGUAGUUAACUCUAUUCUGCUUGAGGAUGACUUAUAUGUUCUUUUACUCUGCCCACUUCUGACCAGUUAAAUCUCAAGACUGUUCCCCAAUCUGGGGCUUUUUAUACACAAAGUGCAGAUGAUGCGGGCUUUUAAAACAACCCAAAAACUGCCACUGGUUACGACUCUAGUCCUUGCUACAGCACUUUAGCAUAGUCAGUCAAGUCAAUGUAUAUUCCCAUUUGAUUAGUGUCAAAGAAUUAUGAAAUUCACAAGAAUAAAGCCAAGUGCUAUGGCCAAGAACUUGUACUAAAUAUCGUCAUUGAUCCCAUAGUAUUGUCAUCCGUGGUUUACGCCUUGCUUGUAUUUGUUCAAGAUUGAAACUCAAGUGACGCAGCAGACCUAGCCCAUUUAUGUUGUAACUGCAUUCUAUGCUGCUGAAUAGCCUGCGUAAGUCAUUCCUAAUUUUAAAACUACAUUAAUUGGGCGACAAAACUAAGGAAACACCAGGGAAAGUAUCUGACGAAUGUAAGUACAAUAUUGUUUUAAAAGCUAAGGUUGGAAAAACCAAUUAUCACCAAGAGAAAAAUCUCUUUUGGGUUAUCCAUAUGCUCUUCUUCUUUACUAGCCAUUUGUUUGCUUUGUCUUUAUGCAAUUUGCUUGAGGCAGGUACACUACGGUCAACUUGAAUAAUAAUUUGCUGGGAGUGGCUGCCCAUGGUCUGUUCUGUUGUUGUUUCAGUUUUGUUGGCUCAGACAACAAAACGACCAAAUCUUUGGAAAGCAGCAGUAUGGGGAGUUGAUUCAUCAACAUUCAUCACCCUUUAACAUAACCAAGAUUUAUUUGAUUCAGUGUUAGUAUAACAAAUAUUGCUUUAUGCAGCUUUGAUGCAUUACAGAUUAUUCUGUAUACGUGCCUAAAGAUGUAUUUUGUAGUUAAAGUGAAAAAAACAUGUUGGCAAGUAAUCACUGGCACAUAAACAUGCUGUACCUUUUCAGUUUCCAGCUACAUGAACAUAAGGUUGGACUGUGUACACAUCUAAAGUGACAUUGUUGUUGUUGGAUUUCAUUUACAUGAUUGAUAAUUCAAAUGGGUUUAACCAAGAAUGGGUCAAGUCACUCAUUUAUCACAGACUUCCUUCAAAUGGGUUAAUAUUCCACUAUAUGAUGUAUACAAUAGACAUCAGAUGUGUCUUGUGAAUUCCCUUGUAUAGCCAUAUGACCUGGCACAUAUGAGGAAUAGCAGUAGGGAAGUACAGCAGAGCCGUGUCAAAUACUGAACGUGCGAUUCUUUUUAUUUUGAUAGCUUGUGUUUUUGGUGCUUCUUUGGAGCAUAGUGCAGUUGGGUAUUAGAAGAAAUGUAUAGGAUCUGAAUUAAUGCUAUAUUACCUUCACAAUAUGGUGACACACAACAACAUAUAACGCAGAAGAAAACAACGUUCAGUAAUAGCCUAAAAAAAUUGCUCUGUCGUUACCAUAUAAUGUAAAAGUCAGCAUAUAUUCAAGUGAAGAUAAUAGUCAGAAGUUGCACAAAUAUGCAUUCCUUUGGUGGGCUUUUUUGUAGCGGGUAAUGUAAAACGUGUGUCUUGGCUCAAAUUUUCACAAAUCCAAGAGCCAAUGAAUGAAUAUCUAAAAAAUAAAUUGUUUAUAUGUGUCUAUAUUACAAUGACCAAACUUGAGUGGUAGAAAAAUUAACUGUUAUCUUGUUCAAACAAGUGAUCUUAUUUUCAAGUGCAUUCAUCUGGGCUUUUAGUAAAAGAAUAGUUUUAUUAAUUAAAGAAUAAUAUGUAUUUAUUUAUUAAGUUAUGUUUAAAACUUUACACAUUAUACUGUAUAUGAGUAUACUGUAUGUAAAGUGUGUGAAUCUGUUUUUAUUCUGCUGUACAGCCAAAAAAAAUCUGACAAAUUAUGUCAAAGGUAUGGCACACCAUUUGUGUUAAAUCAACUAAGCUGCUGAUGUUUUAAUAGGAGGCAGAGUGUGUUAAAUUACAUAGUAUCUAUUUUUUUAUUUUCAAAAUUUUGUGAAAAAACAUGGUUUUGUUGUUGCUACCAACCCAAUAAA